UUAUUAGAAUUAUUAUCUCCAGCAAUGCGAAAAAAAAUUAUUGACCCAUCUACAAAAAAUAAAUGGGCUGAAUCACUUGAAUAUAUGCAGUAUAGAAUUGAAGAUAUAAUUAUUCCAGAUAGGUUUGCCGAUACAGCAUCGGGAUGUCUUGUUAUAAAUAAAGCACUAAAUGAGGCAUUGGGAUGGAAUCUUGAGAUGGUACCAAAUUUUUUCCUUAGACAUAAUUCUGAUCAUAUAACGAAAUUAGAAGGAAGAAAUAAGGAUGUACUAAUAUCUAUAAAAUAUAAAAAUAAAUGGGUUACUGAAACAGGACAUGUUGUUGUUAUUGAUGAUGGAAAACUCGAUUACCUUCUUUGUUUAGGAACACCAUGA